AAUCUCAUAGUCGGCAUCACAACCGAAGAUGGCGGAUAGCGAGAACUCGGUAGAAAUGGAGGGACUUUACCAGCCCCCAAACGAGCUUCAGAAAGAUGCUCAUGUCAAGAGCUUUGAUCAGUAUAAAGAAAUGUACAAGAAGUCCGUUGAAGAGCCAGAAGAAUUUUGGAAAGAGAUUGCAAAGGAAUUUUAUUGGAAGUCGCCCCCCACUGGCCGGUUUCUUGAGUACAACUUCGACUAUACACAAGGACCCAUAUCCAUCAAAUGGAUGGAAGGAGCGAAAACUAACAUCUGCUACAACGUGCUUGACAGAAACAUCGAACGUGGUUUGGGAGACAAGAUAGCAUUUUAUUGGGAAGGGAAUGACCCCAACGACCAUGGUAAAAUAACCUACAAGGAAUUGCUGCAGAAAGUAUGCAAGUUUGCCAACGUUCUCAAGGCUCAGGGAAUAAAGAAAGGGGAUCGUGUGGCAAUCUACAUGCCGAUGAUCGUGGAGCUGACGAUAGCCAUGUUGGCCUGUGCCAGGAUAGGAGCCAUUCAUUCCAUUGUGUUUGCAGGGUACUCUGACCUUGCCGUCACUCAGCGCCUCCACAGCUCCAACGCUAACAUUAUCAUCCUUGCAGAUGGUGUGUGGCGUGGCACCAAACUUCUGAAUCUCAAACAAAUUGUGGAUGAAGCCAUUAGGUUGAGUGGAGAGAGAAGCCACAAGGUGUCCAAGUGUAUCGUAGUGCGGCAUCUGUCACCGUCUGAUGAGGAGGUGAUUGAUGGAGAUGGGGACGGCCAUGAUGAACCUCCGGCCAAGAGGCCCUACAGGAAGCUCAAGAUCAACUGGCACAGUGACCGUGAUGUAUGGUGGCAUGAUGUGAUGAAGGACAGUAGUGACAUCUCGGAGCCGGAAUGGAUGGAUGCAGAGGACCCACUUUUCAUGCUGUAUACCAGUGGUUCAACAGGGAAACCUAAAGGUGUCCUCCACACUGUUGGAGGCUACAUGUUGUUCACGGCGACGACGUUCAAGUACGUGUUUGACUACCAACCUGACGAUGUGUACUGGUGUACGGCGGACGUUGGCUGGAUCACUGGACACUCGUAUGUCUGCUAUGGUCCGCUAGGAAAUGGAGCCACCAGCAUCAUAUUUGAGGGCACGCCAAUGUACCCUGAUGCUGGACGACUGUGGGAAGUGGUAGACAAGUACAAGGUGACCAAGUUCUACACCGCCCCCACAGCCAUCAGGUCGCUCAUGAAGUUCGGGGACAGCUUUGUCACAAAAUACUCCCGGAAGUCCCUGAAGAUCUUGGGCACUGUAGGCGAACCCAUCAACCCUGAGGCCUGGCUGUGGUAUCACAAGGUUGUGGGCAACGGAAAAUGUGCAAUUGUAGACACGUUCUGGCAGACAGAGACGGGAGGUCAUGUGAUCACUCCACUUCCCGGUGCCACUGCCACAAAACCAGGAUCAGCUACAUUCCCUUUCUUCGGCGUAGUUCCAGCCAUUGUGAAUGACGAGGGGAAGGAACUCACAGGGGCCGCUGAAGGAUAUUUGGUGUUCAAGCAGCCUUGGCCCAGCAUCAUGAGGACAGUGUAUGGAGACCAUGAAAGGUUCGAGACCACAUACUUCAAGAAGUUUCCCGGGUGCUACUGCACUGGAGAUGGUGCACGCAGGGAUGAAGACGGGUACAUAUGGAUCACGGGACGUAUAGACGACAUGGUGAAUGUGUCCGGCCACUUGUUGAGCACAGCGGAAGUGGAGUCCGCCCUCAUUGAGCACAAGGCUGUGACUGAGGCAGCGUCUGUCUCUCACCCACACAAGAUCAAGGGAGAGUGCAUUUACUGCUUCGUCACCCUGAAGCAGGGAUUUGAAUUCACCCCUGAUCUUACAACUGAACUAAAGAAUAUUGUUCGUGCCAAGAUUGGACCAUUUGCUCAACCAGAUUUCAUCCAAAAUGCUCCAGCCUUGCCCAAAACUCGAUCAGGGAAAAUCAUGAGACGUAUCCUGCGGAAGACUGCAGUCGGUGACCGCCAGCUUGGUGAUACGUCAACACUGGCCGAUGAAAGCGUCAUUGAUUUGUUGUUCCAGAACCGACCAAACGAUGCAUAAACUCAUUACCACCAUCGUAGAAAACAUGUGAAGUCAGAAUGCAGUUGUUAACAGUUAGUCUGUUUAUAGCCCAAUUAUUAUUAGUAAUAAGGGAUUAGAUGAGGAAGAUUGUAUUGAUUAUCACUGUUAGGCAGCUUAAACAUUCAGGUGAUUGUUUGCCAGGGGGAGUAGUUGGCACUUUGGUUGUGUGUCACUGUGUGAUUCAUUUCAUCCUUCAUAG